UUUAUUGGAUAAGUUGCAAAUGUGGCCAGCAUCAAGCAACAACAAAAAGAAUUUUUUGCAAAAAUAUUUCAACAAUUUUAUGAUCGCAUUAUCGAUACUGGCUGUUAUGGCCGACAUUGUUACAGCUUACCAUGACAACAACUUAACCAUUGAACAUUUAAUGGAACAACUGAUCGCGCUCAGCGCCUUGUUCAGCGUUUUCUAUUGCUCCAUCUGUUUCAUGUCGAAGAAGCACGAAAUCAAAAUACUGGUUCAGAACCUAACCAAAUUCGAGAAGUACACCCCAAAGUCGCUGAUACAGGAAACAGACAAACGAAUCUCGUUUUACUCCAAAUGUUUCAUAAUAUACGGGGUGGUCGGUAACAUGUUUUACGCCUUGUCGCCGCUUCUGUCCUACAAGUCUUGUUUGGAAGAACGCCACUUCAACAAGUACGGAAUCAGCUGCGGCACGAUUGUCAGCUAUGUCUUGCCGUUCAAACACAAUUACGCGCCUUGGUCGCAGAUUGUCUUUUUACAACAAUAUUACACUUGCAAUUUGGGUACGGUGAUUAUAAUGACAAUUACCAUGUUGCUGAGCGGAAUACUGAUGCUCUGCAAUACGCAUCUUCAGUAUUUGGAGUCUUUGAUAUUGAAAACGUCCACGGUGGAUCGGCGAUUCAUUUACGAACACAUUUAUUAUUGCGUCAAGUUUCACACUGCAAUAAUCGAGUACACCGAUGAAAUCAACGAUUCGUUUUCGUUAAUGAUGUUACUUCACAUAUGCGGUACCAGUUUUAUUAUUAGUGUUUUGGGCUUUGCCAUAUUAAUUGAGGCAAACUAUUCGAACGGAGUGCGAUUCAGCAUGCACUUGGCCGGUUGGUUUGGCAUGCUGUUUGUGAUUUGUUACUAUGGGCAAACUUUAAUGGAUAAAAGUUCCCAUUUGAGUAUAGCGGCGUAUGACACGUUGUGGUACGAAGUUCCGUUUAAAGUUAGAGAAAGUCUCUGUUUGGUUUUGCUAAGGUCGCAGCGACCUUUGGUGUUGAAGGCUGCCGGAGUCAAUGUUAUGUCCUUUGCUACUUUUCUUGGGGUUUUGUCCACGUCUUAUUCGUAUUUUACACUGUUUCUUAAAAUUAAACCUUAAAGUAAUUUUGCUAAUUGAUUAUUUAUAGUCUGUACACAUACACUAUCGGUUAUUUGUAGAGUAAUUUUAGCUUUUUUUUCUGUUUUGAUAAAAGUAAGCGUUUAAAUAUCCAUAUCACUGUCAGUCAUGUUUGACAAUACGGCAAUAUAAAUUGUUAUUGUAUUAGAGGGUUUAGUUAGAUAUCUAUUAAUAUUUGAAAAAAAUCCAAAGGUCAAAAGUACAUCAACUGCAAAAUAAAACAAUUUUACGUAUA